UUAUUUAUAAUUAUUAUGCUUCGGUUUCCUGAGGACGGAUUUUCUGAAGAUAAUAAAGGAUCUCCGCACAUCGAUAAUCAUCAACAAAAAGAAAUUUUUAGCAAAUCUCUUUACCACUCACCAAUAUCUUCCGAUUUUUGUCCUGAAAAACUUAAAAAUAAUGGUUUACAAAAGGAUGGUGUUCCUAUUCAUUCAUCAUAUGCAACACACAUUAUUAAGUCCAGUUCACCAACUUCCAGCGUGGGAGAAUCAAUAUUUGUUCCAGACUUUAAUAGUCAAAUACCAACAUCUAAUGGUCAACAAAUACAUACAAUGACGCCAAGUACUGAUAUCAACUUUUACAGCUUUCCCGAAUUUAUAUCUGACCAAGAAAAGAAUAUACUGUCAGAUUCUGAGAAGAUUCUUCGUUCAAAAGAGAAUGAUAUAUAUAAUAACGAAUAUAAUCACAUACAUGAUGUAUUUGCCAUUCGCAAAUAUUAUCAUCCCUUAUUCGCUCAUGGAAUAUGUAGAUGGCCUGGUUGUGAAGUUGAUUUGGAAGAUAUUGCCUCUUUUGUAAAGUAA